AUGACCGGUGCCCUCCAUUCGACUGCCCGGAUUGUCUCCGUGGUCGCGGGUACGCUGGUGGCUCUGUCCUGCGGAACAAAUGUUGGUGAUCUGGAGUUCCUGGCAUCUUCGGACGUGGCAGUUGACACUUUUCCAGUAUGCAUAUUCCGCGUGGGCUCCGCAAUUUGCCCAUCAGAUGAAGCUCUCGUCGACCGAGAGCAACUUGAUCCUUGGCAGGGCGUGGCGGGAAAUCUGGGCAUGUACGCCAUGGGUAUCCCCAUGGGUCUAUUGACUGAUGCCCGUGGUCCACGACUUGUCACUCUGAUCGGUUCAGUUCUUCUGGCUUUAGGAUACUAUCCCAUCUACCUGGCCUAUCAGAGUGGACCCGGAUCGGUCCCCAUUAUCUUUGUAUGCUUCUUCGCCUUCUUGACAGGUACCGGUGGAUGUUCAGCCUUUGGAGCUGCCAUCAAGACGGCGGCUUCCAACUUCCCUGAUCACCGCGGCACCGCGACGGCCUUCCCACUGGCUGCUUUUGGAUUGAGCGCCCUUUUCUGGUCCAACAUUUCCACUCUCAUUUUCAAGGACGAUACCGGUCGAUUUCUCCUUCUCCUAGCCAUCGGCACAUCCGUUCUUUCCUUCUGCUCGAUUCCAUUCCUUCGAAUCUUCGCCCACGAGCCUUACGCGUCCGUACCACACGCUGGCGCCGGAGAUCUUUCCGAUUCCCAACUUCUCCGCCGACAAUCUGUCCCAGAUGCUUCCGAUUCCAACAACCACAACUCAACUGGGUUCGAGAAUGAGCAAUCGGCCCACGCACGCACGCAAUCAGUGGUAUCCAACCACCGACAGGGAGGGCACCCUCAUGAAUCUGACGAGACCUCGUCAUUAGUGUCCAAAUCCGACAUGAGGCGGUCCUUUGACACUCUAGAUGAUGAUUUCCUUGAUGACGUUGCUGUUGAGGCCCACCAUCCAGAUAUCAGAGGCCUAGCCAUGAUCAAGCAUGUCGAGUUCUGGCAGCUUUUCCUGACGAUGGCGCUUCUCUCUGGCAUUGGCUUGAUGACCAUCAACAACAUCGGCAACAGCACCAAAGCUCUAUGGAUGUACUACGACGACAGCGCUUCUUCCAAAUUCAUUCAGCAGCGCCAGGUCAUGCAAGUCUCCAUCCUGUCAUUUGGCAACUUCCUGGGUCGUCUUUCUAGCGGCAUUGGUUCCGAUAUCCUGGUUAAGAAGCUUGGAAUGUCCCGUACCUGGUGUCUCCUCAUCUCGUCCGUAGUCUUCACCCUGACUCAAGUGUGUGGAUCCUCCAUCUCCAACCCCAAUACGUUGGUCGUCGUCUCCGGCUUGACAGGCGUCGCGUACGGCUUCCUGUUUGGCGUCUUCCCUUCUUUGACCGCGCAGACUUUCGGCAUUGGCGGUCUCUCCCAGAACUGGGGUGUGAUGACCCUCGCUCCGGUUUUCAGUGGAAAUAUCUUCAACCUGAUCUACGGCACCGUCUACGACCGUCACUCCGUGAUCGGCGAAGAUGGCGACCGUCAGUGUCCCGAUGGGCUAGUCUGCUACCGCUCCGCCUAUUAUCUGACCUUCUUCUCCGGUCUCGCCGGUAUCUGUGUCUGCUUGUGGAGUAUCUUCUGUGAGAGGCGGAUCAGUUUGAUGCACAGGAAGAGCGGCCACCGCUUGGCAUAG